AUGCAGGACGAGGAGGGCGACAUGGGGCUGGCCCCACGGCCCCACAAGGGCAGCCUGUUUGCAGCUGGGAACCAAGCUGCUGACCCUGUGUCCCUGACUCUCCCUGUUCCAGCUCCCUGCAGGCACAGACACUGCUUAGUGGCGCUGGGCGCCGGGUGGGUCACUCUGACCUUGGCUGUGAUCGUGCUGAGCCGUGUGGUUUCCCACUUGGUAUCUGAGAAGGGACAGACCCCGGCAGCCCCUGGGAGUGAUGGAGCCGGGAGCAGAGACCCCAGCACAGCAGAAUGCAGCACCUGCCUGGAGCAUUUCCGAUCCCAGCUGAGCCAACGUCUGUGCCACCCGGCCCCGCCCGGCCCAGCAGGGGGCUCCGGGUGCAAACUCUGCCCCACGGACUGGCAGCUGCGCGGGGACAAGUGCUACUGGGUCUCCGGAGGAAGUAAAACGUGGAGCGAGAGCCGCACCGACUGCUCAGCGAGGGGCUCCCAGCUGCUGGUGAUCCGGGACCCCGAGGAGCUGGAGUCUCUACAGGACCUGACACAAGGUCCAAAUCAGUUCUGGGUCGGACUGUCGUUCCCCUCCCCGGAGAAGGCCUGGACCUGGCUGGACGGCUCCCGGCUGGAUCAGACCCAGUUCCCAGUGUCAGACCCGGCUGAGGGGAUCAGCUGUGGGGUGGGGAAGGGGAAUCGGAUUCAUUCUGACGCCUGCAGCUCUGCAUUUCAGUGGAUUUGCCAGAGAGACGCCGUCCCGCUCUGA